GCCGCUGAUGACUAUAUACAUCAGUCUGUCUCUCUGUUUACACAUGUAUAUUCAUUGCGCACGUUAUUAAUAAAAGCUAGUUACCUUCUGGAAAAUCGACAAGAAAACCCCAUACGCUGCUUCAGUUGAUCCCAGAUCUUCAUUGUCAUUAUUACUAUAAUGUUGUUCCGUUGUGGUUUUAUCGUCACUGCCAUAUUGGUCAAUUUCUGUUACAGUUUGAAGUGGAAUCAGUGUGGUGGCCAAAAUGUAUUCCGAUUAAAAAAUCUGGAUAUACAGCCGAUGCCGAUGAACUUACCGGGAAAAAUAAAAUUAGAUCUGCAGGCGACCUCUUUGAAACAGUUAAAUGGCUCUGAUGUGUCGAUCACUAUUCGUAAAUCCACUUUCCUUGGUCAUUUCAAGGUACCUUGUAUAUUUCAAGUAGGAUCAUGCACCUACCACGACUCCUGUACGCUAUUAAAACGCAUGAAAGACGAGAACUGGGGAGGCAUGAUGGCUGAUAUAAUCACCCAAGUUGAUAGCUAUUUCUCGAUGUACAACAUUGAUCUUACUUGCCCGGUGUCCAAACAAAGUCUUACGAUAUCCAGUAUGAAUGUAUCCCUGCCUCAUGUACCAAGUUAUUUGUCCUUUUUGGCUUCGGGUUCCUACAAAGUCCAUGUGAACAUGGUUGACAGACAUACGAAAGAACAGACGUUUUGUCUUGAUCUAGAAUUCAGCAUCGCCUAACGGAAAAACCGGCAAACACUUAGUAUCGGAUCAUCAUAGUGUUCGUUGUGUGAACUUUUCCAUCCCCUAAAUAAAACCUCUAUUCCAGUUUCUAUUGUAUCCCUCAAAUAUUUUCAUGUUAUUCUUUUACAUUUAACAAAGCUUUAUCUAAAAUAGGUUUUAAUUUAUUUUUUAGAUAACAUUACUUAUAAAGAACAUAAAAUACUUGAAGUCUAUAGCAUUAUUAUUAAAGCGGGCGAGCCGGCAGAAUCGUUAUCACGUCUGAUAAAAUGAUUGACGGCAUUUCAACCGACUCUUUACGUUCUGACUUCAAAUCCCGCCUUUCGGGGUGGAUAAAAUAAGUACAUUUGAGAUAAAACAAGUACAUGUAAUCGACUAGUCUCCUUCCCAGGUAUUUCAAACCUUGUGCCUAUAAUAGAAAGGAUUAUUAUUAUUUUUAAUAUUCGAAGAACACGUUGGAACGGUUUGAUAUCUGGCGUUGUUUUUAAUACUAAAAACAAAAUUUUGGAAGAUCUCAGGUUUCUAACAAUCAUCACAAGUUCGUUUUUGCUGUGACAGACAAACCAACUUGAUUCCAUAUCACAAAGUUAUGAAAUGUUUAGCAAAUUUAAAACUAACAUACCUUGUUUACAGGCCAAAUUCUAUUUUCCGCAUUAAUAUACGUAUUGAUACUGUAUUUGAUUGCAAGCGCCACAAUUUUUUGAGAGAAAUAUUCUCAUCUAAGGAAGUGGCAUCUUUGGGAUUUUUUCUUCUUUUACUAAAAAAAAAAAAAAACUCCAAAUGCAACAUUACCUCAAAAUUUCUCAAGUCAUCUUAAAAUAACAUAUUAAAAAAAAAAAUUAAGAAGUUUCAUUUAUAUUCUUUUUUCUGAUAUACUUUACUGAAAAAAUGUACACAGAAACUUUUUAUUCAGAUCAGUUUUGAAAUAAAGCUAUUUUCAACCGCACACCCCACCAGAAAAAAAAAAAACAACAAACAAACACGAAAUAAAUUUCUUAUUCUUGA